AUGGAUUAUUUGGAAUUAGAUCAAAAUUUAAAAUUAUUAAAUGGUUUACAUGAUGAUAUAACAAAAAGAAAUGAUAUUAUAUCAUAUAUUAAACAAAAUAAUAAAAUAUCUAUAUUUGCAUAUGGAUCUUUAUUAUGGAAUCCAAUUGGACAUAUUGAUAAAAUUAUUCCUGAUUGUACUCUUCACGAAUAUAAAAAAGGUUUUUUUUGUGAAGAUUUUGUUUAUCGUGGUACAACAGAUUUUAAAGGCUUAACAAUGGGAUUAGAAAAAGAUUCAAAUGCAUAUGUUCAUGGUGCUUUAUUUAGUUCAAAUAAUAAUAAAAUUCUUUCAUUUAUUAAAUCAUUCGUUAAAAGAGAAACACCAAUUGAUUUUAAUAAAACCAUCAUGGAUAUUUAUACAUAUGAUUUCGUGAAAAUUAUUCUUCCUGAUAGAAUUAAUGUUGAAUAUGCAUUGACUUGUGUUGUUAAUACAAAUAGUUUAUUCUAUUUAAAUAAUAAAUUAACAUUAGAAGAACAAUCUAUAAGAAUUGGUCAAGCUUAUGGAAUUAAUGGAACUAAUUUUCAAUAUUUAGAUAAAUUAAUAAAUAUGUAUCAACAAUUAAAUAUUCAAGAUUCAUUUACAAAGAUUUUAGAAAAUCUUUAUAGUAAAGUUCUUUUAUAUCGACAAUCUUUAUCAAUGAAUGCUCAGAAAUGGUUUCAAAUAUAUGAUCAAUUGCAAACAUUAGAACAACGAAAUGAAGCAGCUAAACAAUUAAGUUCCAUUGAAUGUAUAUCAACUUUUCAAUCAUUUAUUUAUCGUUCCAUUUAUUAUGAAGAAAUAAAUAAACAAUCUAAUCAAUUAACAUCAAAUUAA